AUGUCGAACCAAAUGACCAAGAGCGAUGCCUCGCGUAUCCAAUCCAGUCAGUAUCGUGCUCACAGACGGGCAUCGCAGGCCAAAUCCGGCAGCGACAUGUCGUCCAGCGGGUUCGCGGCCCGCGCCCAAAGUGCGGGUGAUCGCAACGCCAACGUCAGCAACAAUAGUGGUGCUCAACGCUCGGGCGGAGCAAACCAGCAAAGCAAUGCUUCAUCCAAGAAGUAG